UUGGGGUGAAGAAAGACACGGGAAACUCCUCGGGAUUCUCCGUACACCGAGCGCUGAUCCGGAUAUUGUGUUUGACGUGCUGAAGUGCUUCUUUAGGAGAAUUCUGGGGAGAUUUCUUACUCUUUCAUUCCUCAAGGAUGAAGCAGCACAGUGGACCUGUGUACUGAAUCAGCUCCCACUUUUAAACUUCAUGUUCCACGAUGAACCAUGAGCAAAGGUUGUGAGGGCCUGUUUCUAUCGUCCUGUCAUACAGUGAGGCAGUGAGCUCACGGUGGAUACAGCAUGCAUGUGUCGACAUAUCCCAUGAUGAACUCUGCCAGUCCAGGCCUACUCCUCCUCAGCUUCCUCUUCUUAGCUGAUGCUGACUCGCCCCCCAGAUUCACACGAACCCCAGAGGACCAGACAGGAGUCCAGGGAGGAGUAGCUUCCUUUGUGUGCCAGGCCUCCGGGGAACCGCAGCCCAAGAUUGUCUGGAACAAGAAAGGCAAAAAAGUCAGCAACCAGAGAUUUGAGGUUAUAGAGUUUGACGAUGGAUCCGGCUCGGUCCUGAGGAUUCAGCCACUGAGAACCCCCAGAGAUGAGGCAAUUUAUGAAUGUCACGCCUCCAACUCAGCAGGAGAGAUUACUGCCUCCACCAGACUCAGUGUGUUAAGAGAGGACCAGCUGCCCUCUGGGUUUCCCACCAUUGACAUGGGUCCCCAGCUGAAAGUGGUGGAGCGUUCUCGGACUGCCACCAUGCUCUGUGCUGCUAGCGGCAACCCUGACCCAGAAAUUACCUGGUUCAAGGAUUUCCUGCCGGUUAACACAUCCAAUAACAACGGACGCAUCAAACAGCUCCGCUCAGAGUCCUUUGGUGCCCUCCAGAUAGAGAUGAGUGAGGAGUCAGACCAGGGGAAGUAUGAGUGUGUUGCCACCAACAGCGAUGGGACACGCUAUUCUACCCCAGCUAACCUCUAUGUCAGAGAGCUUCGAGAAGUGCGUCGUGUCCCUCCUCGCUUCUCCAUCCCCCCAGCCGACAGCGAGAUCAUGCCAGGGGGAAACGUCAACAUCACCUGCGUGGCGGUUGGCUCACCCAUGCCCUACGUGAAGUGGAUGCUGGGAGCAGAAGACCUGACGCCCGAGGACGACAUGCCCAUCGGUCGCAACGUCCUGGAACUGACCGACGUGCGCCAGUCCAACAAUUAUACCUGUGUCGCCAUGUCGACGCUUGGCGUCAUUGAGGCGGUGGCACAGAUUAUUGUGAAAGCUCUGCCAAAGGCUCCUGGCACCCCUGUGGUGACGGAGAGAACUGCAACCAGUAUUACUCUCACCUGGGAUUCUGGAAACCCUGAACCUGUCUCCUACUAUAUCAUACAGCAUCGUGCCAAAGGCUCAGAGGACCCCUAUAAAGAGAUUGAUGGCAUUGCCACAACACGCUACAGUGUGGGCGGCCUCAGCCCUUACUCCCACUAUGAUUUCCGGGUGGCAGCUGUCAACACCAUUGGCCAGGGCCCCUCUAGCGAGGUGGUGGAGGCUCGCACAGCGGAGCAGGCCCCCUCUUCUCCUCCUCGACAGGUCAUAGGCCGGAUGCUGAGCGCCACAACAGCAAUGAUCCACUGGGAUGAGCCAGAGGAACCUAACGGACAGGUGGUCGGCUACAGAGUGUACUACACUUCCGAUAGCACGCUGCCAGUCAACCAGUGGGAGAAGCAGAUGGUGCGCAGCGCCAACUUCAUCACCAUUCAGGAUUUGACUCCUAACAAGACUUAUUAUAUCAGAGUGCUGGCCUUCACCUCUGUAGGAGACGGACCCUUGUCGCAGGAUCUGCAGAUUAUAGCCAAGACUGGAGUUCCAUCCCAACCAUCGGAAUUUAAAGGUGAAGCAAAGUCUGAGACCAGUAUCCUGUUGUCCUGGGUGGCUCCUACACCUCAGGGAGGCCCAGACAACCAGAUCACAGGAUAUGAACUGGUUUACCGAAGGGCAGAUGACUCAGAGGAGAAGAAAGUGACCUUCGAGCCGACCACCUCCUACCUGCUAAAGAACCUGAAGCCCUUCUCCACCUACACCUUUCAGCUGGCUGCCAAGAGCAAAAAUGGAAUUGGGGCUUAUACCAAUGAAGUGUCCAUUGACACACCACAGACACUUCCUUCAGCACCUCCCCAGGACAUCACAUGCACCAGUCCCAGUUCUACCAGCAUCCUGGUAAGUUGGGCUCCACCUCCUCUGGAGUUUCAGAAUGGCAUCAUUACGGAAUACUCCAUCCAGUACUCCAAUACGGAAGGCAACAAAACGACUAAAAGGAUUGAUGGAAUUCCUCUGGAAAGUUCACCGUAUCUCCUGGAAAACCUAGAGAAAUGGACUGAGUAUGGCAUAACAGUACGGGCGCACACUGAAGCUGGGGAAGGACCAGAAAGUUUGCAGCUCCUUAUCCGCACCGAGGAAGAUGUUCCAAGUGGUCCUCCGCGAGGGGUGGAGGCAGAGACUGUGAACGCCUCGGCCGUUAGGGUGAAAUGGCGAGCACCGGCACCCGAACGGCAGCAUGGUCAGGUCCGAGGCUACCAAGUCCAUUAUGUGAGGAUGAACUACGGAGAACCUCAGGGUCAGCCCUUCAUCAAGGACAUCCUCAUAGAGGACUCACAGUGGGAAUAUGACGACUCAACUGAAUAUGAGGUGGUGCUCGGAGACCUGAAGGCAGACACCUCCUACUCUGUAUCAGUGGGGGCUUACACCGCCAAAGGCGAUGGUGCUCGCAGCAAACCUGUGACUGUGUGCACUGCCAUGCCACUGCCUGAGAAACCCAAGUUGAUGGUGAGUGCCACUGAUUCAGGCACUGCUCUGCUCCAGUGGUACCCACCUCCCAACCCACCAACCCCGCUGCUGGGGUACCGCCUCACCUUCGGCCGUGUCGACGUCCUUCCCUUCACAGUGGUGGAGUUCCCCACCAAGGAAAACCGCUACACUGCCCAGGAUAUCCACAAGGGAGCUAACUAUGUGUUCAAACUCUCGGCCCGUAACAAAAUGGGCUACGGAGAGGAGGCUGUCAAAGAAGUGACCACUCCCGAAGAUGCACCGAGUGGAUACCCAGAAAAUAUUAUCUCAGAAGAGGCUUCUGCCAACUCACUUUGGCUGGCAUGGAAAUCAGUCCCACUAAUUGAGCAAAAUGGGAAAAUUGUGAAGUACUCGGUGCUGUAUAAGGAUAUAAACAGUCGAGGGAACGCCUCAGAGGUUGUGGUGGCCGCUCCAAAGUCGAGUGUUUUGUUGGAGGGUCUGAGUGCCGAUACUGUGUAUGAUGUCAGGGUGUGUGCAUUCACAACUGUCGGUCCGGGGCCGUACAGCCCAAGUGUCCAGUUUAGGACGCAGCGGUUAGACCAAGUUUUUGCCACAAACUUCAGAGUAAAGGCAGCCAUGAAGAACUCUGUGCUGCUGUCCUGGGAGAUCCGAGACAAGAACCCUGCCCAGCCAUUUACUAUCCUGUAUGGAAAGGGCCAGUCUGUGGAAGUAGACGGCAGGCAAACUCAGAAGCUGAUCACUGGCUUGGAGCCAGACACACAGUACUCCUUUCUGCUCACCAACCGGGCCAACAGUGCUGGGGGCCUGCAGCACCGCGUCACCGCCACCACCGCUCCAGACAUCCUGAAAACCAAACCCACUGUGGUGGGAAAGACCAACGCAGACGGCAUGGUGACUGUGCAGCUCCCAACCGUGCAGACCACAGCUAAAGUCAGAGGUUACUAUGUGGUCGUGGUCCCGCUGAAGAAGCAGAGAGGAGGGAAGUUCCUGAAUCCCUGGGAGGAGCCCGACCAGAUGAACUUGGAUGAGCUCCUCAAAGAGAUCAACAGGACCAGUGUCAGUCGUGCCCUUCGCAUCCGCAGACAGGCCGGUCAGUCAGAUCCCAGGGCCUACGUCACAGCUCACUUUAAGACCCUCCCCAUGGAGUUCACGUUAGGUGACGGCCGAAACUACGGCGACUUCCGCAACCGUCCACUGCAGAACGGACAGGAGUAUGUUUUCUUUGUGCUCGCGCUGUUGGACCUCUCUGAGAAUACCAUGUACGCCACCAGCCCUUAUUCUGACCCUGUGACCUCAUCGGACGUGGAUCCUCAGCCAAUCGUUGACGAGGAAGAGGGGCUGCUGUGGGUGGUGGGGCCUGUGCUUGCUGUGAUCUUCAUCGUCUGUAUCGUCAUUGCCAUUCUCCUCUUCAAGAGCAAACCUGACAGGAAAAGGGCCGAGGCUGAAGGAAGGAAGGGCAGUUUUCCCUGCAGCAAAGCCAUGUCCUCCCACCAUCCUACUGAUCCAGUGGAGCUACGUAGAAUUAAUUUCCAGACUCCAGCCUACCGUGUAUCAGUGUACCGCGGUUAUCGGCGUUUGUCAAGCAUGGCAAGUCACCCGCCCGUCCCCAUCUCUGAGCUGGCAGAUCACAUUGAGCGCCUCAAGGCUAACGACAAUCUCAAGUUCUCUCAAGAGUACGAGUCCGUCGACCCCGGUCAGCAAUUCACAUGGGAGAACUCCAACUUGGAGGUCAACAAACCAAAGAACCGCUAUGCUAACGUCAUUGCCUAUGAUCACUCGAGGGUUAUUCUCUCUAGCAUUGAGGGUGUCCCAGGCAGUGACUACAUCAACGCUAACUAUAUUGAUGGCUACCGCCGUCAGAAUGCCUAUAUUGCCACUCAGGGCUCCCUCCCUGAGACCUUCGGGGACUUCUGGAGGAUGGUCUGGGAACAGCACACGGCCAACAUCAUCAUGAUGACCAAGCUGGAAGAGAAGUCACGGGUCAAGUGUGAUCAGUACUGGCCAACACGUGGCACAGAGACCUACGGCCUCAUCCAGGUCACUCUGCUGGACACAGUGGAGCUGGCUACGUACUCUGUCAGGACCCUCGCUCUCUACAAGAGCGGCUCCAAUGAAAAGCGUGAGGUUCGUCACUUCCAGUUCACAGCCUGGCCAGACCACGGGGUGCCUGAACACCCAACCCCCUUCCUGGCUUUCCUUCGCCGUGUGAAAGCUUGCAACCCUCCAGAUGCGGGACCCAUGGUUGUCCAUUGCAGUGCUGGAGUGGGCCGCACCGGCUGCUUCAUCGUGAUCGACGCCAUGACGGAGCGAAUCAAGCACGAGAAGACCAUCGACAUCUACGGCCAUGUCACACUGAUGCGCUCCCAGAGGAACUACAUGGUCCAGACGGAGGACCAGUACAUCUUCAUUCACGACGCUUUGCUGGAGGCUGUGACCUGCGGGAACACCGAGGUCCCCGCCAGAAACCUGUACUCCUACAUCCAGAGGCUGACGCAGAUUGAACCGGGGGAGAAUGUCACCGGAAUGGAGCUGGAGUUCAAGCGUCUGGCAAGUGCCAAGGCCCACACAUCACGGUUCGUGAGUGCCAAUCUGCCAUGCAACAAGUUCAAGAACCGGCUGGUGAACAUUAUGCCCUACGAGACCACACGCGUCUGUCUGCAGCCAAUCAGAGGAGUGGAGGGAUCUGACUACAUCAACGCCAGCUUUAUCGAUGGAUACAGGCAGCAGAAGGCCUACAUAGCAACCCAAGGCCCACUGGCUGAGACCACAGAGGACUACUGGAGGAUGCUGUGGGAACACAACUCCACCAUAGUUGUCAUGCUAACCAAACUGAGAGAAAUGGGACGGGAGAAGUGUCACCAGUAUUGGCCUGCAGAGCGCUCAGCCAGGUACCAGUACUUUGUGGUAGAUCCCAUGGCUGAGUACAAUAUGCCCCAGUACAUCCUUCGAGAGUUCAAAGUCACAGAUGCCAGGGAUGGCCAGUCACGGACAGUUCGUCAGUUCCAGUUCACUGAUUGGCCAGAGCAAGGAGUGCCAAAGUCAGGGGAAGGAUUCAUUGAUUUUAUUGGCCAGGUGCACAAAACUAAAGAACAGUUUGGCCAGGAUGGGCCAAUUACUGUGCACUGCAGUGCCGGAGUAGGGAGGACUGGUGUGUUCAUCACCCUCAGCAUCGUGCUGGAGAGGAUGAGGUACGAAGGAGUGGUGGACAUCUUCCAGACUGUCAAGAUGCUGCGCACCCAGAGACCUGCCACCGUUCAGACAGAGGACCAGUACCAGUUCUGCUACCGGGCCAGUCUCGAGUACCUGGGAAGCUUUGAUCACUAUGCAACAUAAACCCAGUGGCCAUCUCUCGCGCCACAUUCAACCGAGUGCAGUUUUUCUACCUGAAUUAAUGCACUAGGCUGCGAUGUGACUUUGAAGAUCUUUGCCACCACAUGCAGAGUGAAGGGGGACCAUCGGCUUAUCCUGUACCCAGAAACAGCACCUCUAACUGAGCCAUAGCAACCUGCUUGACAAGGGUGUUUCCUUCCACCCUCAGCCCAAACACACCCCAUUGGUCAGUCUGAAGAAGCAACUUCAAUCGCUGUUCCAAUCAGAAUACUUGAUCAAAUAUAGAUUUUUAUUUGUUUCAGUGCUUUUUGUGAGCACCCAGAUUGCUUUUUUUGUUGUUUGGGUGUGGAACUCUCACCUCGUCCACCACCAGUGUAGCAUCACCAACCUAAAUACAGGACCCGGCUACAGUAUUUUUCUGUCACAGGAAACUUAGUUUUUUUUCUAUUAUGAGGACUGUCUAGAAGGAGUCUACAAAUCCAUCUUAUGGAAGCCUCGUGGACUGAAAGAACUGGGAUUUUAGAGCACCAGAGAAUUGCCAACAGGAGACUGAAAACACAGAGCACACAGUAUUAAAAAGACAACACACAUCCAAAAAAAAAAAAAAAAAGACACCAAGAAGUGUUUUUUUUUUCUGUUUUGUUUUGGAAACAGACUCUCGUUUCCCAUGAAUGAAAAAGAAGAUAUUUCUACCAUACAGUAAUAAACACCACCAGUUCAACCUUAUGCUUCACGAUUUAAGAUAUGGGAAGUUUAAGAGAGGUUUGAAAAUGCAUACCACAAAGUUACAAAAAAAAAAAACAUUAAUUUAGUUUUUUAGAAGAUUAUGUGACUGUUUUGUUUUUUAAAAAACUGAG